AUGCACUCAAUCAUCUACUUCUCUAUUGGCAUCUUUGCUGCUCUUGCCGUGGCUCAGAAUAAUAAUCCUUUCGAAGUCCCCCCAGGUGGUUAUGGCUUCGAUGGCGGAGACAGAGUCACCGUCAGUUGGAAGCCAACCACCACCGGCCCGGUCAACCUCUUCCUGCAGAGUGGAGAUAGUACCAAUCCGAGUGAUGGUGUUUUACUUGGAACCGACCUCCCCAACAAUGGCGAGUUUGUUUUCACCUUCCCCUCGGUCAGCCCGACGGACAACUACUUCUUUCGAAUCUUCCCCACCGGCGACCCAACAAACAGCAAUUUCUCCCCUAGGUUCGUAGUGAAUGGUCCCGUAACAUCAACCUCAGAGCUCCUCAGUUCCACCACCGAUUCUUCAUCCCAAGUUUCCAGCACCGACACUAGCACCAGCACCAGCACCAGCACCAGCACCGACACCAGCGCAUCCUCCAGCACAUCAACGGAGACCAUCACCAGCUCAUCCACCUUGUCAACGAGUUUCACCUCGACAACAUCCACCAUUUCAUCAACUACUUCUAGCAGCUCUUCUGCUUCCCCGACCCCCAUCAGAGCAACCAAUACACCAAACCCCAAUGCAGCUAUGUCCCUUAUGCUGCCGGUAAGUUUGCUGUUGGCUAUUUUGGGACUGAUAGCUUUCCUGUAG